AUGCAUAUCCUUGCUACUAGCUUGCUGACAUGCUUGGCCAUUGUUUCUGCUGCUCACCUUGACAAGAGGGCAACAUGCACAGUCGCUUCCCAUAACAAUGCUGCGGACUCGGACGUGCCUGCUAUCUCCGCCGCAUUGAGCUCCUGCGGAAACGGCGGAACCAUAGUCUUGUCCAAGGGCGUUACCUAUGCUCUGAACGAAGUUCUUGACCUCAGUGCCUGCCAAGGAUGCACCCUUGAAAUCGAGGGUACUCUCAAGCUCUCCGUGGACCUCGAUUACUGGGAGGGAAAGACUGGCGCUAUUUAUGCGAAGGGCAUGUCGAAUGCCAUAAUCAAAUCGGUCUCCGGAUGGGGACUUAUUGAUGGAUCUGGUCAGAAGUACUGGGAGGUCUUCUCGGGAAACUCCUCCUACAAGCGGCCUACAAUAUGGUAUAUGAAUAGCGUCUCCGGGGUAUCCAUAAGCAACCUGAAGUUCAUCAACGCACCGAAUGUCUUCCACAGCGUGGUGAAUUCGCAGAGCGUCACGUACUACAACAACACAUUGACAGCAGUAUCGACAAACUCAUCAGUGGUAGCACAUAACACCGAUGGGUGGGACAUCGGGUCGUCAAGUUUCGUCACGGUCUCUCACAGCAACGUGGUGAAUGACGACGACUGUGUCGCCUUCAAAGCGGGCGCUACUUACGGGACGAUCGAUACCCUAUCUUGCACGGGGUCUCACGGCGUUAGCAUUGGCAGUCUCGGCGGGUCAAAGGGUAAAACCGAUACAGUACAGAACUUGUAUAUCCAGGAUAUCACGAUGAUCAACAGUGCCAAAGCACUCGGAAUCAAGCUCUACCAGGGAGGAAGCUCUACUGGCACGGCGAUUGUGUCCAAUGUCACAUACGAUGGGGUGACGGUGACCAAUUCCGAUUACGCCGUCCAGAUACAAAGCUGCUAUGGAAGCUCCAGUGCUUCUGACUGCGCUGCAAAUCCUUCCCAGGCAUCGGUGACGGGGUUCACCGUGAAGAACGUAUCCGGCACAGUUAGCGGUUCAACGAUCGUAUCUCUUGAUUGCCCGGCUGCGGGUACGUGCGAUGUAUACCUCCAGAAUUUCUCCGUGAAACCGAAGAGUGGUACUGCGGCGUACCUUUGCUCGAACGUAGAUAACAGCGAUCUCUGCGUCACAUGUACUGGCGCUGCGUCGGGUUGA